AUGUCGUCGUCCUCGGUGAUGCCGCCGCCGGCGUCGCCGCGGGAGCACGUGGAGAGGAUCCGGCGGGAGCGCUACUACAUCGGGCGCGGCGAGCAGAAGAACCCACUGGCGGAGGAUAUGCACCAGGCCAUCAACUACCUCUCUCAGGAGCUCUACUCGAAGGACGUGCACUUCCUCAUGGAGCUCGUGCAGAACGCUGAAGAUAAUGAAUACCCUACUGAAGUAGCACCUUCUUUGGAGUUCCUCAUUACAUCACAGGAUAUUACUGGAUGUGGUGCAUCCUCAACUUUGCUCAUCUUCAACAAUGAGAGGGGUUUCUCUGCAACCAAUAUAGAGUCAAUUUGUCGUGUUGGGAAAUCAACAAAGAAGGGAAACAUACAUCAGGGUUACAUUGGAGAGAAAGGUAUUGGGUUCAAAAGUGUGUUCUUGAUAUCAAGUCAGCCCCACAUAUUCAGCAACGGCUAUCAGAUCAAGUUCAAUGAGAAACCUUGUGCAGAAUGCAAUAUUGGGUACAUUGUACCUCAGUGGGUGGAAUCCACACCUAGCCUUUCCGACAUCGAAACAUUAUAUGGGUGCUCAAAGGUCCUACCUACAACUAUCAUCAUCUUACCAUUGAAGAGUGAGAAGAUUGAUGCGGUGAAGAGGCAGCUGUCAAGCAUGCAUCCUGAAAUGCUACUGUUCCUGACAAAGAUCAGGAAACUUUCUGUCCGGGAGGAUAACUCUGAUCCCAGCAAUACAACUGUUAGUGAGAUUUCGAUAUCCAGUGAAAAGAACUACCAAGCCAGGAAGAACAUGCAUGCUGAGUGGUACACAAUCCAUUUAUCUGCUGAAGAGACCGGGAAAGAUGAAGCUGAAUGUGGUUAUUAUAUGUGGAGGCAGAAAUUCCCAGUAAAGCCAGAGAACAGAGUCGAUAAGCGUGCUGAAAUUGAUGAAUGGGUGAUAACCCUGGCCUUCCCACAUGGUGAGCGUCUGUCCCGUGGGAAGCAGCUAUCACCUGGCAUCUAUGCUUUCCUCCCAACUGAGAUGGUAACAAGCUUCCCCUUCAUCAUUCAGGCUGACUUCCUCCUUGCUUCGUCAAGGGAGGCUAUACUGUUUGACAGUCCGUGGAACAAGGGAAUUCUAGAGUGUGUCCCAAGCGCUUUCAUGGAUGCUUUUGUAACACUCAUAAAGUCUGGAGCUGAUGCAUCACCAUCAAUGUCUCUGCCAUCUAUGUUCAACUUUCUACCUGUCAAUUCUUCACAGAUCCCACUGCUUGAGACAGUUAGGUCUGGCAUCAAAGACAAGGUCCUGCAGAUGUUUCCUGAAGACGAGCAUUUCCUUAAGCCUUCAAUGCUAGGGAUCAAUAAAAGCAACAGUUCUUCCAAUCUUGUUCAUUUACCUUCACUUCUAACACGUUAUCAGCACCUCGCUAUCAAGAACGAGAAGAAGGAUGUUCCAGAAGAAGAUUCGAAGUUUGAUCGUCGACUUAUCUUCCACCGCGCCAUCAACAUGGGGCUCCUGUUCAACGAUCGCAUGAUUCACGCCGAACUCCUUGACACCUCCCGUUAUCUUCUCGGUGAACGCCGGGGAAGAGGACAAGGGUUUCGAAUGCGAGUUGGUGGGCGUGGUGGACGUCAUCGUCACGCCACAGAUGCUCCAGUGGCCCCUGCGCCACCAACAGGAUCCAUCUGCCCCGAUCAUGGACCAGGACCAUGUCCGCCGUGGCUGCCACGGUUCUGCGUCGAACAUGGCCACGGCCCCUGCCCACCUCCUGCACCUGAAGUCGCCGGCCCCUCUAACUGGGCCGCCACCGAGCCGAUGGAGGUCGAGCCGGCGCCACCAGCGCCGACUCCGUCCUUCACCGUGGCGGAUAAAGAACUUAAACUUUGA